GCAGACUGUGAGGUCCAGGAAGUGAAGCAGCUGGAGUUCCAGGCUGGUGAUUAGAUGGAGCUGGGAGUCUAGGAUCCAGUGCCUGAGUGACCCGGGGUCCAGUGCCUGAGUGACCCAGGGUCCAGUGCCUGAGUGACCCAGGAUACAGUGCCUGAGUGACCCGGGUGCCUGAGUGACCCAGGGUCCAGUGCCUGAGUGACCCAGGGUCCAGUGCCUGAGUGACCCAGGGUCCAGUGCCUGAGUGACCCAGGGACUUGCAUUUACAAUGAUGGCUGGUGGGAGCAGCAUUAAUACUGAAUAUGGACCCUGUGUGUCUGCUGAGCAGGAGGAAUCUGCCCCCCUCCUGGGGAAUAGACCGAGAACCUCCGGAGCAUCUUUUGGGCUGUCUGUGUUCAAUUUGAUGAAUGCCAUCAUGGGAAGCGGCAUUUUAGGGUUAUCUUAUGCAAUGGCCAGUACUGGCGUCAUUGGCUUUAGCAUCCUGCUGUUGACUGUUGCCUUACUUGCCGCGUAUUCCAUCCAUUUACUGCUGCGUAUGUGCAUUCAGUCUGCUGUCACAUCGUACGAGGACCUCGGUAUGUCUGCAUUCGGAUCGAUUGGAAAGAUUCUUGUGGCGUGCACAAUCUUAAUUCAGAACAUCGGAGCUAUGUCGUCCUAUUUGUUUAUCAUCAAAUCUGAGCUGCCCUCUGCUGUUGCUGGGUUCCUGUCCGGAGAUCACAGCGGUUCGUGGUAUCUCGAUGGCAGAAUAUUACUAAUAAUCACAUGCGUGUGCGUUGUUCUUCCGUUAGCCCUCCUUCCCAAAAUAGGCUUUCUUGGCUACACAAGUAGUUUGUCAUUUUUCUUUAUGGUGUACUUUGCAAUUGUGAUUGUCAUAAAAAAAUGGUCGAUCCCUUGCCCGCUGCCGUUAAACCACACAAUUGAAUAUUUGCAGGAUUCCAACAAUUCUGAAUGUAAACCAAAGCUUUUUGAAUUUUCCAGAGAGAGCGCCUUUGCUUUACCCACGAUGGCCUUCUCCUUCCUUUGCCAUACAUCAGUGUUGCCGAUUUACUGUGAGCUUAAAAGUCCAUCCAAGAGCCGGAUGCAGAACGUGGCCAACCUGGGGAUAGUGUUAAGUUUCAUCAUAUAUUUCAUAUCUGCCUUGUUUGGAUACCUCACAUUCUACGAUAAAGUCGAUUCUGAACUGCUGCAAGGUUACAGCAAAUACCUCCCGAGUGAUGUCUUGGUCAUCACAGUGCGACUCUUCAUACUCCUCGCGGUUCUGCUCACUGUGCCCUUAAUACAUUUUCCUGCUCGGAAAGCCUUUAUAAUGAUGGUUUUCUCUAGUCGUCCCUUCUCGUACGUUCGUCAUAUUCUGGUGACGUUGGCACUUAAUAUAAUUAUCGUUCUACUUGCAAUCUACGUACCAGAUAUAAGGAAUGUGUUUGGGGUGGUCGGAUCCACUACGUCAACUUGUCUUUUGUUUGUUUUCCCGGGACUAUUUUAUGCCAAGCUUAGCACGGAACCUUACUGCUCCCUACAGAAGCUUGGGGCCUGUGGGUUGCUUGUUCUUGGUAUUUGUAUUGGUGCCUGCAGUUUAACACUAAUUACCAUGAACUGGGCUUACAAUGAAUGA